GUCAAACUCAAUAUGGCGAACCAGGAAGAUUCAGCAUGUGAAAUCCCUCUGAAACGUCCUAGACUUGACGGGACUGAUUGUGAUGGUCCACCUAGUCAAGAUGGAACCUUGGUAGAUACUUGUGAAAAUAAAGACACAGCUACACCUGACAAACUUGGAGGGCCGAUUGUAGGCACAGCAUGUUCAUAUCCAUCAGCCCGAGCACCAUCAGAAAUGACGGAGACAGACUCCAUGAAAGUGAAUGAUGGUUCCUCAUCAGAAGAGGUGGAUAUAACGACAGGUGAAAAUUCUGACAAUUCUGACAACUUGAGUGACUUGUCAGGGAUGAGUGAAGAUGCCUGGAAACCCAUUGCAGCAGGUCCGCUUUCCUGGGUACAGCGGCAGAUGUCUGAAGGCCAGAAUCCCAGGGACAUCCUUAGGGAGUUGGUGACGGCUGAUGCAGUUAUCUCCCCUGAUUUGGAUGACUUCACCUUGUGGCAGAUUAUCAUAAAUCUGAUGUCAGAGCCGCCUAAACGCAAGAAACUACACAACAUCAAUACUCUAGACGAUGUGCUGGAGCUGAUGAGAACAUGCAAGAAGAUAAUGGUUCUCACUGGCGCAGGAGUUUCCGUCUCCUGCGGUAUUCCUGAUUUCCGAUCUCGGAAUGGUAUCUAUGCCCGGUUGGCAGUCGACUUCCCUGACCUUCCCGAUCCACAAGCCAUGUUUGAUAUCAGAUACUUCCAAAACGACCCACGGCCAUUCUUCAAAUUUGCAAAAGAAAUCUACCCAGGUCAGUUUGAGCCAUCUCGAUGUCACAAGUUUAUUCAGUUGAUUGAGCAACAUGGCAAGUUGCUGAGAAACUACACACAGAACAUUGAUACCCUGGAGCAAGUAGCAGGCAUCAGGAAUGUCAUACAGUGCCAUGGUUCUUUUGCUGGUGCUACGUGUAUGGUGUGCCGACACAAAGUUACUGCCGAGGAUGUUAAAGAAGACAUCUUUAAUCAGAUAAUCCCCCGCUGUCCAGUGUGUCCAAUGGACUCUUCUAUGUCCAUAUUGAAACCAGACAUUGUAUUUUUUGGUGAGAGUCUCCCUGAUGAGUUUCAUCGUCAGAUGGCGGAAGACAAAGACGAGUGUGAUCUUCUCAUUGUCAUUGGCUCCUCCCUCAAAGUCAGGCCUGUUGCCCUCAUUCCAAAUUCCCUCCCAUCCAGUGUACCUCAAGUCCUCAUCAACCGGGAACCAUUGUCUCACAUGAACUUUGAUGUAGAGUUGCUUGGAGACUGUGACUGUAUUAUCAGUGAACUCUGCAAGCGGCUGGGGCCAGGCUGGUCCAACCUUGCAGACAAGACGCCACCCCUCAUACAGAUCCGGCGAACAGAGCUGGCCACGCCCCCCUCUCUCAGUGCUGUCAUGUCAGGGGUGGAUCUCACUCAGGACACAUGUGAGAAGGACACUGAUAGUGCCGUGACAUCUGAAAACACAAUCCUACAACAAUCAAGUCCAUGUUUGUCAAACAAUGCUGGUGUUGAUAGUGUUACGACAUGUGUUGACACUGAUGUUAAAACAUCAGUUGUUGCGGAUGUUAAUUCCGCCGUUGUUGCAGACAUUGAUAAGGUUGCAACUGAAGUUAAGGCAUUGAUUGCUGCUGAUGGUAAAACGUCGUCUGUUUCAGAGGUUAGUACAUUGAAUGCUACUGAUGUUAAAACGUCGGUUGUUGUGGAUGUUAAAACGUCUGUUGUUGCAGACAUUGAUAAGGUUGCAACUGAAGUUAAGGCAUUGAUUGCUGCUGAUGGUAAAACGUCGUCUAUUUCAGAGGUUAGUACAUUGAAUGCUACUGAUGUUAAAACAUUGGUUCUUGCGGAUGUUAAUACUUCUGAUAUUCUGGAUGUUGAUACAUCGGUUGUUACCGAUGUUAAACCACCAGUAGCUGCUUAUGCUCAGACAUCUGUUGCUGAAUCUGACUCUAACAGUUUUGCAAGAGAUUCCUUGGAAGUGUCUCAUAAAAGUAACACUAUUGAAAUUUGUAAGGACGUUAGUGGGAAGGCUGAAUCAGAGGUUACCGUGACUAGAAAUGAGAGUGAAUUAACGGAACAAACACAAACACAAACCGAAUCUGGUGGGAGAGUUAUCUCCCCUAGCAAGGCUCACAUAGAUAUUGUGACAGGGGAGGAAGCAACAGUGACCGAGGAGGACAAAGAGCUGUAUGGAGCUUUGGACACAUCUUUGCAGGAGAUGCAGAAAAUGUGGCACAUCCAUGAGAGAGAAAGUGUUGCCAAGAGGCUGCAAGAUGACCAGUUCCUGUUCCUGCCGCCCUGUCGGUAUGUGUUCCACGGGGCUGAGGUCAUGUCUAUUGAAGAAGAAUCGGAGGAGAGCGACCAAGACUCCCUAGUGUCGGAGUCCCGUGACCUGCACACGAGUCAGUGUGGGGAGGACACAGUGGAAGGGGAGAAUGGCAAGCCCCAUCCACACACCACCUCGGGGAACACCGAGACCACAACAGACAUUAAACUGUUUGAGACAACCGGCAUCACGGAUGUUGGGAAAGAGGCUUGUACAUAAGUGGCGGUCAUGCUGACUUUCUUUGCUCUCACUCUAAACCACAUACAUCAAGAUUUCAUAUACGAUGUACUUGUUUUCCGCUUGUCAUAGGACGUUUGAGUCAUCAUUCAGAACCAAAGAUCACACAAAACUGCCAAAACAUUUUUUAUUUACAGACAUUCUCAGUAACUGCAGGUAUAUAUAUUUAUAAGUAUUACUCUUAUGAUUUUAAGUCAACUGUCGCAUAAGGUUUGCACCUUAGAUUUGACAAGUUAUUCAAUUUCGCUUACAUAUCAGCGAGUAGGUGAUUAUUCUGUGCUGCCUUGAGCAGGUUGAACAGAGAAUACAGAGAAUACAGAGUAAACAAGAAACACCUACACACUAAAGAGAUAUCAAUGAUUUAAGAUAGAAGUAGUGCUGAAGUCAGACUUGUAAAGUCAUUGUAUAAUUAUGUAUGUACCAGGCGGAUAAGUAACAUUGCUUAUCCCUGUAUAUAUUUGGUGGAGGCACACUAGGUGAUAUGGAAACCCUUAGUUAACAUCAAAAUUCUGUGACAUUUCAUAUAUUUAUGCAAGGAAAGUGUUGUGGAUAAAAGAGUAGCCAGAUCCACUUUGUGUCAGUUAUCUCCCUUUGCUUGUUGAAUUUUGUAAGAAGUUUGACUCCUAAUGGCCAUGUUGGCAGGGCUGUUCUUGUGCCAGCAGGGUUUGGCUGUGCCAGAUCACCUUCCUAUCUUAUGCCAUGUAUUUUUCUUAUAAAAAGGAAAGGGAUUGAUUAAGCAUCCCUGUCUGUUAUGAUGCAGAUUGUUGAGGAAAUCCCUGACCUGAAGUUAUAUGUGUAGGAGGGAGUAUGCUCCAUCAUUUAAUGGUCAUUUUUAGCCUUGAUCUGGACGAAAAAAGUAAUGUGUGAAAUUUUAAACAGUGUCUCUGUGUAAUUAACAAGUUAUACAUUAACUGCCUGAUCGAUAUACAUCAUACGACUUGAAUUUGCAGACAAAGUAAACAAUGUUUAUGACUAGAAUUCAGGGGUGGCAAUUGACUUGGACAAAUUUCCUAUUUAAACACCUAACAGAUGAUGAAAGAGCUCUAUUCUUGAUGUAACAUUCAUGUAUGAUAGUUGGAGCACCUGGUAUAAUGCCAGCACAACCUACAACAUGUAAAUUAUGUGAGUUAUUUUUUUAGGAAGGAUAGCAGCAACGAAGAAAAGUGAAACAUCACUGCUAAUGUCUGCUGCUUUACAUUUUAUGAGGUUUAGCAGCUAGUGGUGGCCAAAGUUAUUCAGAGAAUAUGUCUCAGUUUCACCCAUGCAUUAAUUACAAAAUCUAGAAUUAGGCAGAAAAUUGGCACCAGACCUCAGGUCCAUCUCUAAGACUGAAAGUGGUGAUAUAAUAGAAGGACAUGGGUCAUGUUUAUAGGGCAGCAGCAGCAGCGCCGUAGCCAGCUGUGGGGUGGCAGGGAGGGCAGUUGCCCCCCUAGAUUGUUUAUAGAAAACUGUUUUAUUUGAAUCAAGUUGGGGACAAGUGCUACUUGUACAAAUAUUUGCCCCCCCUGUCAAAAAAAGUUAACAACGGCCUUGAGCAGCUAUGAGACUCGGUAGACUUAACACUACUUACACCAGAGUUCCCCUUGGGCAUUUCUGAUUUUAUUACCUGGUUUACAAAUCUGCUGAACUACUUAUUCAAAAACGUAAAAAUUAAGUCAGAGUCUGUACAAACAUUGUUGUGAAUAACAAGCAAGGAGAACAACGGAAGACGUUGGAAUGUUAACUCUGUAUCCUGCAAACAAAGAAUAACCUUGUCACGAUGUGGUGGAAAUAUUGUUGACGGUAUGUUAAAUUUUAACUUACUAACAAAGAGUAACCAAGUUCCCCUGCUUGCCUGGGACUCCUGGAGCUGAACCAUAAUUUACAUGGAAUUGAAAGGGGAAGCAACUCUUUGACGUGUUAUAAAUGAUCCCGCUCCAAGCAGCACAUUGCUUUUCCUGUUUUUGUUAAGUCUCAGCUACCAACAGAGGUUUUUGAGGUGACUGUUAAACAGUUUUUAUAUAUCUAAUUCUAUUCUUAUUUCAACUGUUGACCCUAUGGUUAUAAAGAUUCUGUAAACCUAGUAAUUGAGAAGCCGAAUUAAGUAGGAACUCAAAAGGUUUUUUGAAGCAGCUGAUGAACAUGAACCUAGUAGUAUGGCUCUAUUGCAGAAUAGAAUAUGUUAGCUACCUCAUAAGUUAUAUAUUUGUUUUCAUGAUCAUGAUGAUCAUUAUUGUAACAUAUAAGUAUAUAAUAAUAUAAUGUAUUGUAUGUAUUCUUAUGGGUUAUAUGUUUCAUAUUGAAGCCACAUUACCCAACAUUUUCACACAGUAAAUAAAACACUGAAUAUGCAACGAUGUUUGAAUAUAAGCUUAACCUACUUAAUGGAGUGUAGCAAUGUGGAUGAAAGUGUAUGAUAUAAUCCAUUUCAAGAUGUAAGAUAAAAUCUGUGUCAUUAUACACCCAUAUCGAUUAUUUCAGGGAUAUUUCAACCCAGACAUGGAAGUUAGUUGUGUAAUCUUUCUCAGAAUGAUUAAAUCUGCCAAUAUCAACCCUGAAAUGAGACAGGUCAUUUGUUAUAGGGGUGGUGGACCGAUUGGAUUAAUCUUAGGACUGAAUCUUAUUUUGUUGACACACCACAUGCCCUCUUCCCUCCCCUUGGAGUGGUUCGGGUAGCCUAGUAGUUAAAGCGUUCGCUCGUCAAGUCGAAGAUGCGAGUUCGAUUCCUGACAUGGGUACAAUGUGUGAAGGCCAUUUCUGGUAUUCCCCGCCUUGAUAUUGCUGGAAUAUU